AUGACGGAGACCAUGGCGCUGAGUGGGAGCUGUAGGACUAACGCAAAGGAACCGGGCUCGGGGCAGAACAGUUUCCCAGAUGUGGUGGAGCUAAACGUGGGGGGGCAGGUGUACUACACCCGUCACUCCACCCUGGUCAGCAACCCCACCUCUCUGCUGGGUAGGAUCUUCUCCUCCAAGAAGGACGCAGCCCACGACCUGGCCCGGGACCCCAAGGGCCGCUACUUCAUCGACAGGGACGGAUUCCUGUUCCGCUAUGUGCUGGACUACCUCCGGGACAGACAGGUGGUCCUCCCCGACCACUUCCCCGAAAAGGGACGGCUGAGGAAGGAGGCCGAGUACUUUCUGCUGCCCGAUCUGGUCAAAAUCUUGACCCCAGAGGAUCUCAAGCCCUGCAGCCCGGAUGAUUACUUCCACAGUGAUAAUGAGGACGGAUCCCAGGGCAGCGACCAGCGUGUAUGUCCCCCUUCCUCCCUGGUGCCCGCGGACAGGAAGAGCGGCUUCAUCACGGUGGGGUACCGGGGAUCUUGCACAAGGGGCCGCGAGAACCAGACCGACGCUCGGUUCAGGCGUGUGCCCCGGAUUAUGAUCUGCGGCAGGGUGGCCCUCGCUAAGGAAGUGUUUGGGGAGACGCUGAACGAGAGCCGGGACCCCGAUAGAACCCCUGACCGGUACACCUCCAGGUUUUACCUCAAGUUUAAACACCUGGAGCGGUCUUUUGACAUGCUGUCGGAGUGUGGGUUCCAGAUGGUGGCCUGUAACUCAUCAGUCACCGCUUCUUAUGUCAGUCAGCAUACAGAAGACAAGCUUUGGGCCAGUUACACAGAAUACGUCUUUUACCGUGGUCUGUCCCGGUGGUCCUCCCCGCCCUGCGACUGCUGCUGCAAGGCCCACAAGGGCGACGGCGAGGGGGAGAGCGGCACCUCCUUCAACGACCUCUCCACCUCCAGCUCCGAGAGCCAAUCGGAGGCCGGCUCCCCGCAGGGCACGGUGGUCUGCCGCCCCAUCAGCCGCCCGCCGCACGGCCACGGCCACGGCCACUCCCACGUCCAGACCCUGGACCGGCCCCCUAAGAAGGGCCCCGUCCCCCUGGUCCAGCAGCAGUCGGAGCAGCGGCGCAAGAGCGACCUGCUGCGCACGCUGACCGCCAGCUCCCGGGACACCAGCUCCUGCAAGAAGCGGCCGCCCAAGGAGAAGCUGAGUGUGGAGGAGGAGCUGGAGAAGUGCAUCCAGGACUUCCACAAGAUCAAGAUCCCCGAGCGCUUCCCGGAGAGGAAGUACAACUGGCAGGCCGACCUGCUCCGGAAGUACCGCCUUUGA